AUGGCAACAUUGCCAGCAGAAGAGCCGACUUGGGGCUGGCGCCGAUUUCCCAACGAGCAUGAAGGGGGUUUCGGGGUCGCGCUGAUUUUUCUAGCCCGCAGUUUAAUUUCUCCUUUAACUGUAGGGGUUGAAGUUAACAAGGGAUCCAAGGAGCCGCCAGACAGCAUAUCCACUUCCACCUUGACGACAAAAGAGCUGGCGACCACCUCGCUUCAUUUUCAUUUCCAUCGUGUUACUAACUCAUGUGGAGCGGUCGUCCAGUUUGACACCCCAAAAGAGUUGAAACCUAUUAUUCAAGCUUGUCAUCGCUGGAACGAGGCCCUCAGCAAGGCAAACAGACAGGAACAAUAG